CAAUUCAAACGGCUUUAAAAUGGCGUACGUCUAAUAACGUUUACUUUUUUAUCACUGUGCAGAAAAAUUGGCCAAUCAUAUCUUUAUAAUGAAAAAAAAUAUUAAACUGUGUAUAAUGCAUUUUUAUUAUCAAGUAUUUAAUAUUAAAGAUAUAUAAACGUGUGGUUUUUUAAUUUAUUAUUUAUUUGUGACGUUGGUAAUUGCAACGGAUUUGAUGAAUUGGAAUUUUAUUUUCAUAACCUCUUCGAAGAAAAGUUAACUUUUAUUAUCAAAUUUUAUCAACUGUUUUAAAUUGUGAGGAAUAUUGUGAAUAUAUAUAUCAAUACUCAAAAUGACUACAUCUUAUACACUAGGAAGUGAUAUCGUACAUUUAAAUGUAGGAGGAACUAGGUUUUCUACGUCUCAACAAACUUUGACGUGGAUACCUGAUUCUUUUUUUACAGCUUUAUUGAGUAAUCGAAUUGCAAGUCAUCAAGAUUUAGAUGGUGCAUUAUUUAUUGAUAGAGAUCCACGAAUGUUUUCUAUAAUUUUAAAUUAUUUACGUACAAAGGAUAUUAAUUUAAAAAAUGUUGAUAUUCGUUCUUUAAGACACGAAGCAGAAUAUUAUGGUAUUACACCAUUGGUAAAGCGAUUAAUGUUAUGCGAAGAUUUAACUCAAUCUUCUUGUGGUGAUGUGCUUUUCUCUGGUUAUUUACCACCACCUGGUAUUCCAUUACAAGAGUUAGCAACAGUUCCUCCAAAUGUCAGUGAUGUCUCUGUUCAUGGUAGAGCUGUGACAACAACUUCAACACCUAGGACAGAUACACCCACUACUUCACAAUCGGCAGUAUCUUCUUCAUGUCCUUGUACUCAAAAUACAAAUGGACAACAAAAUCAUAAGAGACCAAUAACUUCUCAUGUACGCAAUUCAUCAUUAGACUAUAGACUUUCUCAACGUGGUUUACCUCAUUCACGAACUCCAUCUUUAGAUCUGAGACAUAUUCGAAAUAAUUCGGCAGAUUUAAAUAAAUUGUACAAAAAUGAUGUUGGUGUUAUAUUUGGACCUCAACAGGUUUCAGCUUGGGUAAAUCCUUUAAGAGUGCAAAUUAUAAAAGCACAUCAUAAUUGGAUAGUUGUUGCUUAUGCACAUUUUAUAACAUGUUAUCGUUUAAAAGAUUCAUCUGGAUGGCAACAUGCAUUUACAAGUCCACACAUUGAAUCUAUAAUCGAACGAGUAGCAAUAAAUGCAAAGAUAGGUAGUGGAGUAGACGGUAAAAUGGUAGCUAUUUCUUAUGGAAAUCAAGUGAGAUUAUGGAGCGUUUCCGAAUAUGGCAUUAAAACAAAUAUUGGUACUUUUAAUUUGAAUGUCCGUGUGGAAUAUUUAUUUUUUAUUGGUAGUCAAUUGGUUGCUCUUUCACCAACUGGAAAGAUCGGCGUGUGGCAUGCAAUGACACAUCAUUGGCAAAUUCAAGAUGUGGAACCUAUUUUGUCAUUUGACACUGCUGGCACGUUUCUUCUUCUUGGUUGUAACAAUGGUUCUAUUUAUUAUAUUGACAUGCAAAAAUUUCCUCUUAGAAUGAAAGAUAACGAUCUUCUCGUAAGUGAAUUAUAUCGUGAUCCAAGUUAUGAUCCUAUUACAGCCAUAUCAGUCUAUCUAACACCAAAAACAAGUCUCUGUGGAAAUUGGAUUGAAAUUGCAUAUGGUACAGAAUCUGGUAGUGUCAGAGUCAUUGUCCAACAUCCUGAAACUGUUGGGCAUGGACCACAAUUAUUUCAAACAUUUACUGUUCAUCAAAGUAGUGUAACAAAAGUAACAUUAUCAGAAAAAUAUUUAGUGUCUGUUUGUUCUGAAUACAAUCAUGUAAGGACUUGGACUGUAACAAGAUUCCGUGGUAUGAUUUCUACACAACCUGGAUCAACACCUGAAGCAAGUUUUAAAAUAGUAUCUCUAGAAGCUGUUGAACCCUGUGUUAGUUAUUAUGCUGGAAAUGAUUUUGGUCCAUUUGGUGAGCAAGAUGAUGAACAAGUGUUUGUUCAAAAAGUUGUACCUGAAACCGAUCAAUUGUUCGUACGUUUAGCAUCAAAUGGGAAAAGAGUUUGUGUAAUACAAUCAGUUGAUUGUAGUAUCAUUAGUUCCUUCUAUGUUCACGAAUGCGAAGGAUCUAGUCGAAUGGGCUCCAGGCCUAGACGUUUUAUAUUUACCGGACAUUCUAAUGGCACUAUUCAAAUGUGGGAUUUAACAACAGCUUUGGAUCCAUCCUUUCAUCAAGAUAAAGUAUCAGAUGUGUCUGGUGGACCAACGCCAGAAGAACUUUGGAAAUUGUUAGAUCAAUGUGAUCUAAGUAAUAGUCAUUGCUCUACACCAUGUAUUAGUCCAUGUCCAUCACUCGCAGGCGUAGGUGCACGAAUUAAAACAAGUAAUGUUUUAUUUCUUAAUCAAUCACAUAACUCUGAGGCAGUAGCUGGAUCUAGCCAACAACAAUAGGUUUUAUAAAAAGAAAAUUUUUUAUCAUUAUAUUAAGUUACUUAAUUUCUAUGACUUUUUCUAUUUUACAUAUUUUAGCAAAUGAAUGAGCAUUUAUAUAUAUAUAUAUAUAUAUAUAUAUAUAUAUAUAUAUAUGUAUUUAUUAUUUAUAGUUGUGAAAGUUAAGUAAUUAUAGCUAUAGUUCCUAUUUCAAAGCCAUUGGCUGAUAACUCUCUGUUUAUUGUACAGUAUAAUGUGCAGAACUGAUUAUGUUUUAAGAAAAAGAAAUUGUUUUGCAUUUUCAUGGAAUUUCAAAACUUACUCUACAACAAAAAUAAGAUUGUUGACAAAUAUCUGUAAUACUCAAUGAUGGAAAUAAAAUAAAUGUUGCUGUCUUCUUAUUGUUAGUUCUAAUUAUAAUAUAAUUCAGCAAUAAAUGUGAUAAAAAUAAAUAUUACGAUUAUAUAUUAGAUAAAGAUACAAAAACAUUUCGACUUGUAAAGUUUAAAUGUAAGAAGCUUAAAUAAAUGAGUUAACGUUUUUCUCUUAAUGUAA